UAGAUCAUUCAGGGUUUCCCAACAUCAUGCGCAGGCCGAGCUGCGUCUCUAGGAAAUAGUUUACACGCGGAUCGUAAAGCAACGAUGGUUGAUGCGUCUGCAGUAGAAGCAUUUUCAAAUACAGCAGCGCCUGCAUUGAGGGUUGAGUUGUGCAUGAUUUGGGGUCCGCAAUUGAUCGGUCCAGUAGGUGCCACUAUGGAUGCAGUCGCUGUGGGCGGGUUCAGAGGAGCCACCGUUGAUCAUGAAGUCGCUGGGGAAGUUGCUGCUGAAGAAGUAUUAUUAUUCUGUGUGCGGGCAUUUGUACCAGCAACGAAAAGAGCAUUUUGAGAAAAAAGGUUUUGUAAAGAAGACAAGAGUAGGACAAUCGGAGGAAAGAAGGUGUAUUUAAACAAAACUAC